AUGAAGAUGGAAGUCGUUUUGUCACCAGGAAGAUUUGGUGAUGACGGAACUCCUUUUAAAAAUGAAGAAAUUAGAGAAUGGUCCAGGAUUGAUCGGCUUACUGGAAUGUUAGAGCGUGCCAGGAUUGAAACUGGACGAUGGAAGACCAAAAAUGAAGACGCUGCUCGAUCUUAUGGCAAAGUAACAGACCAACGCGAACGUAAUUCUGUUGAUGGUAGCGUAACGCAAAAAGCUCAUAGACAAGUUGAAAUAUUCCAAAGUAAAGAACCAGGAAGAUCUGUACAAGUUGUACGUGCAUCACAAUGGUCAUCUUCGAAAGUUACCGAUGUUAUUAAAAAGCGAUAGGUUGAGUAGAUUAGAAGAAUUAAAAACAGAUAAUUGGAAACUUCCAUCUUUGCGUGAUAUUCAUGCGGAACUAGAACGCGAUACAGAAUUACCGGGCAUUAAAAAUACAAUAAAUAAUGACGAUUUAUUUAAAAAAUGCGCACUUAUUAAACGAAGUAAUUCCGAUGAUGAUUUAUCGAUAUUAAGUACUGGUGGAUCGACUAAAAACGCGGAUUCUUUUACACGAGAUUGUAAAAAUAGAAGAUCGUUACAAAUUUCACCGAGUGUUAUUUCAAUAUCAUCAAGUAGCAGUGACGAAAGAAAAAAUAUUUCAAGUGGAAUUUAUUCUCCACUGUCAUCAGCAACUACCGGUAAUACAUCGGUAAUUAUAGGUGAUAAAUCAAAUUACGGAUCGUUGAGAAAACCUUCGAUUCAAUCGUCGCCACGCAUAAACAGGCCAGCAGUUACGGUAGUUAAUUUAAUAAACCCAGAUAAAUAUCAAGAUGAUCCGAGGAAUAAAAAAAGCAUUGUCACUCUCCGAUCGUCGCCUAUUACCGAAGAAGAAGAUAUCAAGACAUUUGACAAUAAUUUAAAUGUUAAAAAUAAGACAAAUUCUUCUGGCGAUGAAACAUUACCGGGGCGUAUUAAAAAAGUUGGAUUUUGUAAGACUGAAAUACAUUUUGCAGCAGAUUCGGGUAAAGUUAAUAUUGUUGAGACUGAUGGUAAACCACCGCCGACUAACCGUUUUCGUCGACGUAAAAGGAAUCAUAAUUACUCGUCUGGACAAGGUAGUUAUCCUCGGCGGAUGAUAAUUAAAGAAAACCCACCUGAUGUUAAACAUAAUAAAAUAUUGGACGAUACUGGUGCUUAUUCAGUCGUUGAUUUAGAGACCAAAAAAUUUUGGACUCCUGAACGGGAUGGUAAAAUUCAUACGACGAUGAUCAAUGUCAGAGAUAAUGAAGAAUUGAAAAAAUCAAAAGAGUUGUCGUCACCAAAAGUAGUAUCUGAAGUAAUAUCACGUAGAAACAUCGACCAAGUUGACAAUAACAUAGUAACAAAAGACGCAGAUAAUAACCGUGUUCUUUCAACUAUCGUUACAACUCAUGAAUCAACAAUUGCACGUGUCGAAGAUAAUGUUCCAAAGAUUAAAAAACCCGCUGAUGACUUUAAUAGAUUCACGUCUUCAUUGCUGCGAAGAAAUAAAUCUAGCGGAUUGAAGCGUGCGUCGAGUGUUAAAAGCGAUACGAGUAAAAAUUCCCUGACUAAAAGAUUUAGCAAAGACAAAGAAAAAGAAAAAGAAAAAACUAAAGACUUUAAAGAUCCCGUUUAUAUAAACGUAUUCAGAGGUAAUCGAACACCGAUCUACGAAAAUUAUGAGCCACCAGAAAAGUCUGCGUCUGAGUCAGAGGCCGCGACUGCCAAGACCAGUGUUGAUAAAAAAAAUUCAUUUAAAAUUUCUAACAAAUUGGGCAAGCGAUCUCCGGUAACUACGACACGGUUCGCUACGUGGAGCGGAUCUAUUGGAAAAUAUCCGCGGGAUUUGACGAAAGCUAAAGUUAUUAAAAAAAUUAAUUACAGUAAUAGUAAUAGUCAUAAUAACAGUAAUAGUAGUAAUAAUAGUAGUACUGAUACCGGUAAAUUUCAACGGAAGUCAAGUCCUACGAAUGAGUCAAAGAGAUCAGAUAUAAAAACCGGAUCAAGACCGAAGAAACCUAUGGAAGUUAUUUAUCGCACCGCGGUUUAUAACAUGAAGAAUGAAAAAUUAUCCAAGCCGACUAAGGGAAGAGAUACUAAAACCCCACCACGGUACAUCAAUGAUCUCAUCUGUGGUAACAAAACCAGUCGUCCGAGUAACUCGAAACAUAAAGGUAAAAAUA